AUGGCCAACGGUGGAACCAUCAGGACGGUCUCUGGGGACCCGAUGAGUCUCCACAGGAGCCUCCGGGCCUCCAGGAGGGGAGGGAUCUACUCUGCCUCAUUUUUCGGAGAAGCUGUCUGGGGCCACCCGCCCCAUCAGACAGCUGCCGAGGGACAGUGUGGGGACCUCACGCCUCCCCAGGCCUUCUCUGGUGGCGCCGGGAAGCUGCGGUGUGCGGUGGAGAAGGGGGCAGAGUCCCGCACCACAGAGGCGACUGGGACUGCCGGGGGUGGCCGUCUACACUGGGAACCCCGCUGCCAACAGCCCGCGCCCAGCAGAGCCCCCGUCACUGUGCUGCUGCCCCCACGCCUCAACGGGCCCUGGGUCUCUACCGGCUGUGAGGUGCGCCCGGGACCGGAGUUCCUCACCCGCUCCUACACCUUCUACCCUAACCGCCUCUUCCGAGCCUACCAGUUCUACUACAGGGACCCUUUCUGCCGGGAGCCUGCCCACUCCCUGCUCAUCAAGGGCAAAGUCCGCCUGCGCCGGGCCUCCUGGGUCACCAGAGGGGCCACUGAGGCCGACUACCACCUGCACAAGGUGGGCAUCGUCUUUCACAGCCGCCAUGGCCUGCUCGAUGUCACCGGGAGUCUCAACCAGACCCGGGUGGGCCAGGACUGUGCCCGGCGGCUGCCCCCAGCCCGGGCCUGGCUGCCCGGGGCCCUGUACGAGCUGCUGAGCGCCCGGGCCAAGCAGGACUGCACAGAAGCCCUGGGCUUCACCAUGCACGAGCUCAGCCUGGUCCGCAUGCUGCGGCACCUGCAACCGCAGGCUCGGGCUGGGCCCCGGCUGGUGGAGGAGCUCUACCUGGGGGACAUCCACACCGACCGAGGGGAGAGGUGGCACUACCGGCCCACGGGCUACCAGCGCCCGCUGCAGAGUGCCCUGCACCACGCCCGCCCCUGCCCGGCGUGCAGCCUCAUCGCGCGCUCUGACGAGCACCACCCGCCCGUGCUGCCCCCCCAGGCGGCCCUGCCCCUGCGCCUGGGGGGCCGGUGGGUCAGCCCCGGGUGCGAGGUGCGCCCCGCCGUGCUCUUCCUCACCAGGCUCUUCACCUUCCACGGGCACAACCGCUCCUGGGAAGGGUAUUAUCGCCACUUCUCAGACCCCGCCUGCCGCCAGCCCACCUUCACGGUCUACGCCGCGGGCCACUACACCAGGGGCAGGCCCUCCAGCAAGGUCCUCGGCGGCACCGAACUGGUGUUUCAGGUCACCCGGGCCCGAGUGACUCCCAUGGACCAGGUCACCACGGCCAUGCUCAACUUCUCUGAACCGAGCAGCUGCGGGGGCCCGGGGGCCUGGUCCCUGGGAACCGAGCGGGACGUCACAGCCACCAACGGGUGUCUUCCGCUGGGCAUCAGACUCCCCCACGUGGAGUACGAGCUUUUCAAGAUGGAGCUAGACCCCCUCGGGCAAAGUCUGCUCUUCAUCGGACAAAGGCCCACGGACGGGUCAAGUCCCGACACCCCGGAGAAGCGCCCCACGUCCUACCAAGCGCCCCUGGUGCUCUGCGACGGGGUGGCCGAGGCGGUGUCUGGACCCCUGCAGCACAGACCUCAGCCGAAGCCCUUCCGUGGUGGGGGCCCGUGUCCUCCAGCGGCCCCUCUCCCAGUCCUGCCCCUGGCUCUAGGGCUGGCCUUCCUCAAGGGGCUCUGA